AAUACCUAUUCAACACGUUAACAGCCAAUUUAGAGUGGUAUUUCGUAAUCACGAGCGGAACUGAAAUGUAUGUCAUACGAUUAUUCUUAAUUGAAACCAACAACCUACUAAAACCAGAAAUCCCUUGCAAUGAUUGUUGAUCUACCUGAGGGACCUAUUACGCAAUUAGGAAAAGUGAUGUGGGCUGUUGGUUUCUUUUUCUCUUGCGGGCGCGUAACCCUGAUUGGAAUGUCUACAACGGCGCGUAGGAUGAAAAUCAAGGAUCGAGUAGUGACUAACAUAAAUAGUGUCCUUCCUGUUGGGCUAAUCAUCUGGGUCUUCACAAUUUCGACUAAGCCACGAUUUAUGCUACGAAAUUACGUGGAAUAUCCAGACACAACUAUACUUAUUUUGUAUUCUGGCCCUUCUAGUCCUUCCUAGUGUGAUCGUUUUGUUAAUUUUCCAUUUCCAAGAACAGAUAUCCUUUAUUCCAGUUCUUCUUAGACUUUCUUAAUCCAACCUGUCUAUCUGGAAUGAGGGCUUGCUUUUGUUUCGCUUUAGCGCUGAAGGGAGCAACGAAGCUCCCUAAAGUCCCUUAGCUUACUCGUUGUAGGCAAUUCCAUUCAUUUUAUCUACCUAUACAGAACAACUACCUAGGUAGCUUUAUACCAUGUUAUCCCGACCGAUAUCUCGAAAUUUUACGAUAAUCUGGGUUUUCAUUUUGGCCUUAUUAUAUCUUUUAUUUUGCAGGUCAAGUUCCAUAAGUGGAAAUUAUUUUCAGGGGAAUUUUCAACCAUCAUGCGAUUCUCUUUCAGGG